AUGCUCGGACGGAGAGUGCAUAUUGUGGGGGGAGGACCUGUGGGACUGGUCCUGGCCAACCUCCUCGGCUCGUAUGGCGUGCGAGUGACUGUGACGGAGCGACGGAGUGAGGCAGAGCUCUCGGCUCAUCCGCAGGCUCAUUUUCUAUCUUCGCGCACUUUGGAAAUAUUCUCUUCGCUCGGCAUAGCUGAUGCCGUAUAUCGUGCCAUUGAGCCGGUUGCGUGUUGGAAGGACUUUGUGUAUGCUCGUGGUGUUGAUGAUCUCGAUCCCAUCGCUCGCUACGAUCACAUCGCUUCGUCCGUCUACCCGCUCUCGCCCAUCGCUCCGCCCACCGACCACCUCGAGGCCACCGCGCCAACUCUUGACUCUUGCGAUCACUCUCACCAUGGUAUUCAUGACACUCUGGUCGGCCCCGAUGCCUCGUUUCUCUCGUCGGGAUCGCUCCAAAUCGCCCAUCCAGUCCAUUUUCCGUCGUCGGCGCUGAUGCCGAUGCUGCUGGAGCGGCUGCGCUCGCCCGACGUGGCAAAGUUCGUCGAUCUCCGGCUAGGGUCAGAAGUCGCCUCUAUUGAUGAUGCUGUACAGAGCGUUGGUGCGUCGGCGCUCGGCGAUGACGUCGUCGUUGUCGCUGCAGACGGCGCCCACUCGACGCUCGCCGACGAGGCUGGCUCGGUCCUUGUCUCACCGGAUCCGCGGUUUCCAGCCGGCAAGGCACUCCAGUCGCUGAUCAACGUGCACUUCUUCAUCCCGCCGCACGCUGUUGAGCUGGCACACCCAGCCAUGCUGUACUUUGUGUACAAUCCCGAGUUUGUCGGCGUCCUCGUCGCCCACUCGCUCGCCCGCGGCGAGUGGGUCGCCCAGAUCCCGUUCUUUCCCGAGUGGCAGGACCUUUCCGCACUCUCCACCACUCGCGCCGUCACCGAUGCUGUCCUUGCUGCCUUUCCGGCCGCCCGCGCCUCCGGCCGCCUCACCCGCGCCCACAUCGAUGUGCGUUCGGCUGCCCCGUGGAGCAUGCGGGUCGGCGUCGCCGGCAACUACGCCCCGAUGCCCGGCCUCGCCCUUGCCGGCGACGCCGCCCAUCAGUUUCCACCUGCCGGUGGCUUUGGCCUCAACACUGGCAUCGCCGAUGCCAGCAACCUCGCUUGGCGCCUCGCACGCUGGGCAUCGGCAGAAGCUGACUGCACUCAGUUGGCGCCGUCGCUGGCAAGCUACACCGCCGAGCGCCGGAGUGCCGCCCAGGCUGCCGCCAACCAGUCGAUGGCCAACUACGAGCGAGUGCUGGCGGUGACGAGCGCCGUCGGACUCAGCCCUGGCGCGGCGAGCAUGGCUCAGUCGGCCGCGACUGCCCUCCCGCUCCCAGGCCUGCUCAAGAAUGUCAUCUUCGACUCGAGCGUCCGUGCCGCCAAGUACGCUGCGCUUAGCUCCAUCUCGCCCUCGCGCGCCGCCGCCGUCAGGAACCUCCAAGCUCCCGCCGUGGCAUCCGGAUGAACUUGCGCCCGGCCGCCGCUUCCCGCAGCAACCAACUCAUCGCGCGGGUGAGCUGGGCGACAAGGUGCUGGCGUGGCGCGGCCGCUCCGCACGAGUCCGGCCGGACGGCGUCGUCGCCCAUCUGGUCGAGUGAACUAGAUGCACGGACAGAGCCGUGAGGUCGAUGGAUGAAAGGCUGUACAGAGCGGGAGCUUGGGCGUGAUGAGACACCGGCCGUAGCUCUCGUGGGCACGGUCCGACACCAUGCACGGGAUCUCGUCACCGAUCUCCAUGCCAAAGUCGGCGCACGGGAAGGCUGCGUCGAGCGCGGGGAUCUGGUUGAUAAAGUCAAAGGCGAG